AUGAACAGUGACACAAAUGGCAAAUCAGACUCCCAGGACAGCAUUGAGCAGCCCAACAAACCAGGAAACCCAGGAUCCACCCCCUCCCCAGCCCCAGAAUCCUUCAAAGACCAAGACAUAGUACAGAAACUGUCCACUCUAUGCCUUGAUCCCAAGACUGAAAUCACUAGACUCUGGCACAGUAUCACUCGCGAGAUCACCCUCAAGAAGAUCCUACCUUUCAACACUCUGGAACUCUCACAAGGAGCCAACCACCCCCAAGUGGCAGCAGUCUUCAGAAUCUGGGCCAACUCACCCAUCGUCCAGCAGAACCUGCACAAAUCCUUAUGGAAAACACCUGAAGAAUGGGGAUACUUCAUCCUAAAGGAGGGCAUGGAGACCACCAUCAAACGACACAGUGGUGACCCCUAUGUCUACCCAGACCCAAGGUCCCAAGGAAAAGGGGUCAAACUUCUUCUCCGCCUGGCAAUGACACCCCCUGAAGAGUUCCCAUGUUUUGACUCCAGACUAUCCAAGUUCACUGAAAACACAUUCAUGGUCAGACUCAAGCUUCUUGCACACAAUACCAUUGGACCAGCAUACACCACCCUGAAGGACAAAGCACAAUCCCCACCAGACGCGGACCCUGAACCAUCCAAGAAAUCUGGUUCAACCACAGCAAAACCAGCCAAAGCAACCGCAUUCAAGAUGAGAGGCAUCUCCGGCAAACCCAUCAGUCAAUCCAACGCCUCAACCACAGCAAACUCUGAUCCAGUCAACCGCCCUACACCACCUGCAGGAGAGCCAACCCAUAAGACCCUAUUCAAGGUACACUUCCCCAACCAUGCCCCACUGCCAGAGGACCGAAAGGUCCGCGGAAGCGCCAUUGGAGAACUCUCCCGACUACUUAUGGUGGAUUUCUUGAUGCAACUCUUCUCCAUUGAACCUGAAGCCAAACUCAUGCGAUACCCCACAGCAAGCCCUCUUACCUUCCAUUCUGCCUGGAUCCACCUUCACUCCAACCAAGCUAAAUUCCCUAGAGGAGCUGAUCAGUUCAAGUCUAUCUUCUACAAUCACUUCUUUAGGCCAAAUGGCAGUUCCAGUUCUGCAAAGAUUCUCAUCGCCCAUAACAUGCCAAGGGAUGAACUCUUGGAACUUUUCCAACCCUUCUUCGGAGGAUGGGAUGAAACACAAGAGGACAAUGGAAUCACCUUCAAACUUGAACUUGCCCCCAUCCAGUCCCCUAAAACUGCCUCAGUAGCCUGGCUCAAAGGAACAGGAUACUGGACCCAUGGAGCCAACCUAAGUGAAGCCAUACGACAGGACCCUCUCUACAAGAUCAAAGAGUCCAAGGACAACCAGCAAUACCGGUACCCCAUUGAACUGAUCUACCAACGGAUACAGACAAAGCAGAAUGAACGGUGGGACCCAACUGGCACCAAAAAUCCCAUGGCGGUCCAUGUACACUGUGCUGAAGAACACUAUGACUCAGUACUCUCCCUUCUCUCAAAUAUCUAUGCCCCAGGACGCCGAUCUGGAUACCCCCAACACAAGAAACUCCAAGUGGUACCUGACUGUGGCUCCCACAAAUACUUGGCCACCCAGGAUGAAACACUGGAUCAGGUUUUCACCUCCUUGGUAGACAAACAGUUUGUUAUAGUUGAUAGCAUCCAAGUCAUCUACAUUGAGAAUGUUGUUGGGAACCCAGGGCCCCUUUCACCACAGGACCCAUCCACACUGUACUCAGCAGUGACAUCUAUGGUUGAUAGCAACUCAAACAGGCCAAAACAGCCUGUUUUCAUUGGCCUCGACCAGUCCACCAAGGACCCAUCCAUCUGGCUACUCCCUGUCGACAAAUAUCGGUAUGCUGAAGCCCUGGCCUUGUCCCAGAGGUUUGGGCAUGCCAUGACAAAACACUGGGGACCAAGUGCCUGGAAUUGGUUCACACCCUCCUUCAGACAGAAGCAAGAAGAUGUACAACCCUGA